AUUGUUACGCUACAACAAAGUAUCUAUUGUCAGAGUUCACUCUAGUUUAGAAAGGCCCAGCAUUUUUAAUUUAUAGUCGAAAUGGCCAACGAAUUGACAGAAGAACAAGUUGCUGAAUUUAAAGAGGCCUUUUCACUCUUUGACAAAGAAGGAAGUGGGCAAAUUACCACUAAAGAAUUGGCCAUGGUAAUAAAAUCUUUAGGCCUAAAUCCGUCGGAGGCCGAACUGCAAGAAAUGAUAAAAGAAGUGGACAGUAAAGGCACGGGUAUGGUUUACUUUCCCGAAUUUUUGUCUCUGAUGGCUAAAAAUUUAAAAAAUAUCGAAUGCGAAGAUGAAAUCAUCGAAGCUUUCAGAGUGUUCGAUAAAGAUGGAAAUGGUAUCAUCAAAGCUGAUGAACUUCGCGAUGCCAUGCUCAAUCUGGGUGAGAAGUUGUCUCCCGAAGAAGUGGAAGAGAUGAUACGUGAGGCUGAUCCCGAUAACGAUGGCCUCAUUAACUAUGUGGAAUUUGUCCAUAUGGCAUCCAGAAAAUAAUACUAUUCCAUGCCUUGUUUUGGUUUUUAUUAAAAAUUAUUUUUUCAUUGAACAAAAUUUAUAUAUAUCUAAAUUGAAUAAAAUUUAGUUACUAAAAA